AAGAGUAGCUGGAGGAAAACCCCCGUCACACUGGAUGAGAGAAUCAGUCAGUUUCUCUCCCAGCUGCAGACGGGAUCCCUGCUGGAGGCGGAAGACAUUUUUACAUAUAGCCAACAUCAGGCGCCGAUGCGUGCGUUCCCCUCUCGUUUUUAGAAGCCACGGUAUUUUCUCUAAAUUGCCACGAGAGAUCGGACGUUUUGUCAGGAUGCUGGAGAGCGGCGUCAAGGUGCUAAAAGAGGGACUUCUGGAGAAGCGGAGCGACGGCUUGCUGCAGCUAUGGAAAAAGAAACAUUGCGUUCUCACCGAAGAAGGGCUCCUGCUUCACCCCCCGAAACAGCACGACCAUCUGCACCAGCAUCACCAUCAUCACCACCACCACCACCACCACCAGCAUGCCGGCGAGCUCGGUAAAGUGAAAGAACUCCAUUUCGCCAGCAUGAAGACCGUGGACUGCGUCGAGAGGAAGGGCAAGUACGUCUACUUCACGGUGGUCAUGUCGGAAGGCAAGGAGAUUGAUUUCAGGUGCCCACAGGACGAGGGCUGGAACGCCGAGAUAACUUUGCAGAUGGUCCAGUAUAAGAACAGGCAGGCUAUCCUCGCGGUGAAGUCCACGAGACAGAAACAGCAGCUCCUCGUGGUGCAGCUCCCGGGACACAAAAUGAUCAGGAACGCGCAAAAUGUGGCGUGAAGCGCGGCUGGACGCUCCACACCUGCGGUAAACUGGACACUUGACGGACGGAUCAAAGACUCCGUGGUUCUGGAACCCCCCUUUCCGAGCUAACGAAAGGAUGUCACGUCACAGAAACGCUUCGAUAUCUUGAUGAUCCUGUGAACAUCAUUCACGUCCAAGAAGACUGUGUGUCUUUGUAGACUUUGCCACGAACAAAAUCCAGAUCAAAAUGCUCUCAGCAAGGAAGAAAAUCGAUGUAUUAUAACUUGUUGCCCUGUGGUAUUUCUUUUAUUUAUUGGUUGUAUAUAGCGGUAUGUUUCUUAAAUUUGACAUUAAUGAAUGUGAGAUCGUUGUUGGUUGUGUAAAACAAAAUGUGAUUCCAGUACAGACAUAGGGAGGAUAUCGCUGUACAACUCACAUUUUUAUAAUACGUUAUGUGCUUUCGCUAAUCGCUAUUUGGCACAAACCAAUAGGUAUAGGAAAGCUUUUUCGUCUGAAGGAAAUACAUAUUCCCUCUCCUUGUCACAGUUCUUUUUGUGGGAACUUUUUUGGCGUUUAACAUGAAGCUACCUGUUUUCUCAUUGAAGUGAACCAAAGACCCCAAAGCCCGUAGCUACUUAUGUUCUUGUUAAAAUGCCAUUUAAUAAUUAAAUUACUGUCGUUUUUGUCAUUGGAACCUUUUCGCAGAUGCUAGAUCCAUGCAAACCCUGAUCUGAUUUGUGUCUGGUAGUUUCGCUAGAUGUGUGUGUUUAUCAGUAACAGUACAAAUAACUUGCCUCUUCAUGCAAGAUGUGCUGCGUCGGCGCUGCAUCAGUGUCGGUCAUUUCCAGUGCAAGGCGCGCGCUUGGCCGGUCAACUACAGCUGCUGCGGCUGGUGCACCGCCUGACAGGUUCACAUCAAGCAGUGUUGUCAUUUCAUUUACGCAGUAACUGUUGUGACUUUUUUUUACCCAUAUGCUGUACAACAGUAUUGCUUGGUUCUUAUUUGACAUGAGAGCUAUUUUCAUACUUCUUAAAUAUACAUUCCACUUCAAACAAACGCUGCGUCCUGUUCUUUUUCCCACUGAAGGGAGAGCGAAAAAAAACUAAACGGCCACAAAUAGUCCAUUUAAA